AUGGAACCAUCUGUUCCAGCUUUCUCUGGACCUUUAAUCCAUGAUUUCCCCGAGUCGCUGUCUCCAGGUUCCAUUAUCCCAAGAAUCCCCGGGCCUCCUCCAUCACCUCAAAAAUCACCAUCGACACUCUCAGCUCCAACUACUCCUCGAUAUGGUGAACCGUACUCUCCAUUAACACCGAAAUUUCCAGAAGCCCCAGUUAUUCCAAAAAUACCUGGUCCUCCUCCAUCUCCUAAAGUUUCCAGACCGUCGACUCCUAAAGCAAAAGAACCACCUUCCCCAAAAUUUUCUGAAGCUUCUAUAAUUCCAAAGAUUCCAGGCCCACCUGUUUCACCCAAACACUCCCGUCCGACUACUCCAAAACAGAACGAAGGGAUACUGAUGGACACUUCUAAACCUUCAGUACUGCAGCUGUCACAGGGUCAUUCUCGCCCAGCAUCACCACUCUUGAACGAGUUGUCUACGAAAGAAAUAACAAAGAGUCCAAAAUUAAGAGAUCCACCAGCUUCACCGAGAUCACCACAAAGAAGCGUGAAAAAGCCACCGGAUGAAUCAAUGCCAAUUGAUGAAGAACUUAACAUAGUCAUUCCGCCUACAGUAGCUGAGCAUCCGCAGCCACCAAAUCAGCUGUCUGUCGUAUGUGACAUAUAUGAGUCACCCAAGAGUUCUCCAGUUCGUAAGCCUUCAGUGAAACGACCACUCCAGCGGUGUUUGACUCUUCCGACAAAAGAGCGCGAUGACUCAGAGUCGCUUCUAGCAACAAUGCCAGAAAAAAUUGUAGAAGAUCCUGGUAAGAUACCAGAAAGUGAGUCCUUCGACCAAGAGGAGAACAGAGACACAGUUGCUGAUGGUUGUCUGCCUACACGACCGACCCUGUUCGACCUGCGACCGCGACCGAAGUUAAAGACCCAAUGGUCGAUGGACGACAGCCGGUCAAACAGAGUACCUGCAGGCGUCCCCUCAAUGAAGCCAGCGGAGAAGCGCAGGCGAUUUUUCAUGCGUAAGCAGACCAACUCUGCUCCUGACUCUUUUGAGGGUCCCGGCCAUCUCAGUAUUAAACCGAAAGAGCAUCACUCAGUCAGCUUCUGUUUGGGCAGCGUGAGGAAGUGUAGAGGAUCUGACAGCUCCAUACAGCCGCCUACACUUCCAACAAUAAAACUCGAGCCGGAGCUUGGCGUGGAACACUUGGCUGAUUUACGAUACCCAGACGGCGAUCCUCCAUGUCACUUUUGCUGCCAACAAACCAGCACAUCCAUUCACGAUGAGAAUCGUCUCAAGAUAGUUAGCGGUGGUUUGGUUCGUAGCAGAGACGGAAGUCGAGAUGACACAGGGACCCAUUACAUGAACUUACCAUCUCCAAACGUCCAACACGAAGGCAACCAGGAGACGGUGUUCCACAGCGUGCCGCGCGGCGAGAGCCAGAGCGAGCUGCAGCAGGCCCAGGCGCGGCCCGAGGCGGGCAGCGAGGAGCAGGAGCAGCCGCCGCCCGCCUCCGCGCUGACGCGCCGCCGAGCGCUCGUGCCGCCCAAGCUCAUCACCGACUCCGUCGACGACCGCCGCCUGUCCGCGGGUUCAGACAACUCUCAGCGAACUCGCCGCAGCUCCAUCGUGGUCAUCCCCCCAAUGCAGAUCUGCCCAGGCGAUCUCCUGGUGUACAGCAAAGUACUCACCAAUCGUAACAAUCUCUUGGAUAUUGAUGGUUCAACGACAAGUCUUGCUGUAUCUGACACAGGCACUGAUAGUAAGAGAAGACCGUGGUCAAUGAAUAUUCCACAGUCCUGGCUGCUUCACGGAUCAGCUGAGGAUAUCAAUCGGCCCGAAUUUCCAAGCGGAUCUUUGCGAAGACAAAAGCGUAUACGCUACCGAUCGGCGACGACACUUGAUGGGGUGAACUCCAGAAAAGGAAAGAACACAUGGUCACUUUUAAGAUUAUUCGAGCGAUCUAGCCGAGGCAAGUCCGGAAGCAUCUGCGGGCUGGAAGAGGUUCUGAACUGCCUGCAGCGGAUAGAUUUCGAUGACGAGCAACUGUCACGGUUCCGCGGAAUGUGCUGGAGCGAGUUCGUGCAGUACUGCGAGAAGAAGGAGAAGGCGGGCAGCGGCAGCGGCACGCGCGCAGAGUGA